GCCCCAGCGAGCCCGGCGCGCCUACCCAUGAGCCCAUGAGCACCGGGGCGUUCCGCUGCCUAGCGCCGCAGGGGCCUCAGUCUGCCGGCCCGCAAUGGCGGGUGCGGUGUCGCCCGCGGGUGUUCUGGGGCUGCUCCUUGUAUCUACGCUGCCCGGGGUCCUCGGAGACCGCUCCAGCCGCGACCUCCGGGCACACCCAGGGAACCCCGCCCAGGGCCGCCCGAAGGCCACGGAACCCCGGCGGCCGCCGCCGCCCAAGCACCAGCAGGAGCGGGCCCCGGCGUGGCCUCUGGGGGCGCUGUACACCGCGGCCGUCGUGGCUUUUGUGCUCUAUAAGUGUUUGCAGCAGGAGAAAAAUGAGGCCCCUGUUCCCCAAGAAGAGGCAGGCAAGAAGGAGUCGUUGCAGUCAGAGCAACAGCUGGCCCAGCUGACACAACAGCUGGCCCAGACAGAGCAACACCUGAACAGCCUGAUGGCCCAGCUGGACCCCCUUUUUGAGCGCGUGAGCACCCUGGCCGGAGCGCAGCAGGAGCUUCUGAACAUGAAGUUACACACCAUCCACCAGCUGCUACACAAGAACAAGCCCAGCCAGGAGGUCCCAGAGCCAGAGGCUGGCGUGCCCUUUCCUGAGGACUCGUGUGUGGAGGAGGAAGACGAGGAGGCUGGUGACAGCCAGGCUGGGGAAGCGCCCCUACACUGGAGCACAGAGACAAGGAGCCCAGCCACUCCUUGGGGAGUGGAGCAGGGGCUCAGGAGGAGAUGCAGCAAGACUGCGGCAAAGGGCCGCGGUCCCAGCCCCCUCCGGGGGGAAGGAAGGACGCCAGCUGAAGGUUUAGUAAAACCAAGUCUGUUCCUGUGAUUGGA